AUGGCUUCUUCCGAGGUGGAUAUGAAGUUCUUAGGGAACUUUGCUCGAAACAUCCAGUUCGACCAACCAGUACUCUCCCAGAGCCUCUUCCAGAUCCUGGGAAACAUUACCAUGUUCUCAGACAGAGUCAUCCGAGCUCGCAAACUGCGCAGACUGGACACCACCCGAGACACCAAAUCCGUCGACCUCUACUGCCGCAUCAUAUGGUACACGCGAGAAUGUCUCAAGAUCCUAGAGGAAUACGUCCUACCCAUGGUCGUCAAGACCGUCGAGCUCAAGGUCCUCGCGCACAAGCUCCGAGCCAGCUUCUUCCACCUCUUCGUCCUCUUCCACAACCACCCACCCAUCACCCUCAAAGCCGCAAUCCACACCCCACCAGGCCUGAAAUCCCCCCGCGUCACCCUCAAACCCGACAAAGGCAAGAGCAUCGACCGCGGUCCAGGCUCCGGCCCAGGCUCCGGCUCACGCUCACGCUCACGCUCACCAAGCGACCCCUUCCGACCCAGCUCAGUCCAGCCUACACACCCAUUAGAAGGCGGCCCCGUAGGCGGCACUGGCAGUGGCAGCAUCCCCAUCAUCCGUACACCACCCCCUCUCGAAUUCGCUCCCAACUUCCUCGUCCCAGCCGAAGACUUCCGCCCCUUCGCGCUGCAGUAUUUCCAAGAGGCCACCGCGCUGGCUGACACAUUACUCUGGGGUUCGCACCCCCUCCGCCUCUCCGUGAAAGUCGAAUUCACCGCCUUCCUGUACGACUGUCUACAUGAACGGGAACGGUCCCGGCAGUUGGCUAAACAGACUAUCUCGGAGGUGUAUAAUGCGACGGAGGGCAUGGAUGAUCAGAUGUUUGAGGAGGCGGCGCAGUUGGUGGGGAUUUUGGGGAAGAUGAUGAGGAGGGGACUUGGGACGGGUGGUGCCGGUAGUGGUGGGAGUGAGGGGAAUAGGACGGUGUCAGUGUCGAUGUCGUCGCCGAGGCAGCUGAGACCGAAUGCGACGCAGGAGUUUACGGUGCCGGAGCCGAGUAUGGUGAAUCCGAUAUGA